AUGUCAGAUUCUGAUGACGAGAUCCCGCGAUUGCCAGCGGAUACAUUAGCCAUCUUGCAACAGUUCCAGGAAGAACAGCGCAAGAUUACUGAAGGUUUUGCGGAUGUCAUUACGGAAGAUUGGCAG